CAAACAAGUUCUCAACAUAAAACUGAACUGAAAUAACAUAACCUAUCAUAAUUUAUUUUUCAGUCCUUUUUUUUCUUACCAUUACAACAACAGAACUUAUAUAUUGUUUUCGGACAAAGUCAUGUUCAUGUUUCAAUAACAUUCAUUAGGUGCAUUAUUAUACCUAUAAAAUGGCAUUUGUAAGACGUUUCACACCUCUUUUAACAAAAACUCUUUUGAAUUUUCCUAUCAGUACACAGGGUCGGAGAAUACAACGUUGGGUAUCACCAACUUUAAUAGAAUUAAAAUAUCGCGAAAAAAAGCAAGGCGGAAAGGUCAUAAAUCCGAGAAACACAUUUUUAGAAUGGAAUUUAGAAGCGGAACUAUAUGCUUUUGGAAAGCGUCUCAAUGAAGAAUUUGAUUCAGAUCUUUUACUUCAAGCAUUUACAGAUCGCUCCUAUGUAAUUAAAGAGGAAAUGAAACAAAAGGAAAUGGAAUUUGAUUUAAAAAUGAAAGAUAACAGAGAAUUAACUGCAGAAGGUGAAAAGUUUAUGGAGGAAUAUAUUAAAAUUUAUUUGGAAACAGUCUUACCAAAGUUUCCAGUGGAAGGCAUACUUGGCAUAAGAGAUCAUCUCAUGAGUGAAAGUGUCCUUGCCGAUAUAUCCUUAAACCUCGGCACAAAAGACAUCAUAUUAGCUGCUGAAUAUCCCGUUGAACGUCAGAUACUAGCAAAUACAUUCAAAGCUUUAGUUGGCGCCUUACUACAAUCAUCCGGUGAUGAAAAAACUGCACAUUUCGUAAGGGACUUUGUAAUAACACAGUUACAAGGUCAAGAUGUAAACGAUUACUGGCACAUUGAAGAUCCUUGGACAAUGCUCACCGAUUUGAUAUCUAAAACAGGCAGUGAAUUAGAACCUAGGCUGAUUGGUGAGGUUGGAAAGAAUACAUUACUCGCUUGUUAUAGAGUUGGCCUCUAUGUGGACAGGAAAAUGUUAUCUUCAGGCUUUGGUGAAUCAGUAGCGAUAGCAAAAGAAAUGGCUGCAAGAGAGGCUUUGAAAAAGAUUUUUGGCACAGAAGAAAAUAUGUUUCCAUUAAAUUUUAAAUUAAAUGGAAUACCAAAAUCAACGUCAGAUUUAAGAUACAAAAUAUCUGCAAAUUGAUUUUUACUAAAUAGAUCAUGUAGAAUAAGGUAAUACUAAUAAAAAUCGUAAGAUAA